GCCCUGUAGGGCGCCUCCCGAGACGUGGGAAAUGUUACUCAAUAGUUACUUAUUCCAUUUAUUAGAUUAUGCGGGAUCGGAGAACCCUGCUAUGGCUGGCCGCCGCUCGUUUGAGGUUAGCAGCAGACGGCGCCUCUCCAGAAGUCACAAUCAAGAGCGCGUGGUACGAGGAUGCGGAGCCGCAGAAGGCUCUUCCCACCACCUCCCAAAGCCUCGAAGCCUGAGGGCCAAUAAAGAAAAAUCCAUAAAGUCGGUCAAGAGCAGCUGUUCGCUAAUCGAGCCGGAGGCUACGAAGCGUCUGCAGAGUCCAGACCGUCAUGCCCCUGUACUACGCAGGUGCAGGCCCUAAUGUUUGUUACACCGCCUUGAGUUCUGCUAAGCAAAAGUCGGCUACAGCGCAUUGCUACAGGGCAUUUCAGCGCAACCCCUGCAAAGGCGGUGUAACAAACAUUAAGGCCUGCACCUGCGUACAGCUGCUGUCCUCGAAUCGCUCAACACGAAGACGUCCAAAUCAAUUGGAUGUCGGAAUUACAGCAAUGGGUUGGCUGCGAGACUCGGCACUGCAGCAGAGACAAAGCCACCAAAGCAUUGGCCCCAAUGUGCAGCUCCUCAACACGCGCUCCCCUUGCAAAAAUGAUUCGCAAUAUCUCUUUGCCAGCCCAGUCGUGGAGGAUGGACUUGAUCAUAAUGCUACAUACUCGGUUUCAUCAGUUUUAAAACAUCUAGAUUUAAGACUCUUGUUUGAAGUGACAGAGAGAGUGAUACACUGGAGGGGUAAUCAGAUCCACUGGUCAAGAUCCUAGUACAACUAGAGGCGAAAGGCGUUUUCAGCGACACUUCAU